AUGUCCAUCGCUCGACAACUUCUACACGAGAUCCGUCCUUUCUUCCGGAUGCUGGAGGAGCCCUUCGGCAGGUCCUCUGUAGCACCCAUGUACCAACAGCGCACCCUUUUUGACGACCCCUUCUUCCCGUUUCCUGCUACUAUACGUCCUCCAGUUGAUGUGACAGAGGAAGGAGACAAAUACAUAAUAGAAGCUGACCUUCCUGGUGUUAAAAAAGAGAACGUUGACAUCAGGAUAGGUGAUGCUGGUCGUAGUGUCACCAUCCAAGGUUCCAAAAUUGUGGCAAAGACCGAGUCAGGCACACAACUUGCGAUGGAGCGCCAAUAUUCGGGCAGCGCGGCUUUCGUUCGCACCGUCUGGCUGCCUCGUCCCGUUGACAGCUCCAAAGUGUCCGCCAAGCUCCAGGAUGGUAUCCUCACUAUGGCCGUCCCAAAGGCUGAGGAUCAAGAGAGCAUUAAGGUUCCCCUUGAGUGA